UCUUUUAAUGCUUAUGAUAUUGUGCAUGUAAUUAUUUCGUGAAUAAUUAGUUUAGUAUUGUUCAAAAUGGCUGCUUGGAGAGGUGUAUUCGCCUUGCUGUCUGUCUCUGUUGCAUUGACGUUUGGGAGCCCGCUCGCGUCGUUCCCGGAACAUUUGAGAGCCGACUCGCGUAUCGUCUCAGGAUGGGAGGCUGAAGAAGCGCAGUUUCCUUACCAGCUGUCAAUGCGGAUGGUGAACGCCACUGGAGGCGUCACUGCAUGCGGCGCCACCAUCAUCCACAGCGAAUGGGGAUUGACUGCUGCCCACUGCACUGCUGGGCGUAUAAGCAUCGUCAUCCGUGCUGGCACGGUAAACGUCACACGUCCAGGCCUCAUCUUUGAGACCACUAACUACAUCAACCACCCGUGGUACAACGAGGACUUUCCAACCGUCGUGCAGCCACAUGACAUCGGCCUUCUGAAGUUCGAGAGAGUACUUAAGUUUAACAAUUUUAUUCAACCAAUAAGGAUUCACAAUUCAGCUGACAAGAACCGUAAUUACGAGGGCCAUGUCAUGACCGCCACUGGCUGGGGACGCACUUGGACCGGUGGUUCUUCACCUGAAAACAUGAACUGGGUCUACCUCCUCGGAGUAUCGCACGAAACCUGUCUCGAAGCCUUUAGAUGGAGUCCAAUCAUCCAGCCUUCCACCAUCUGCGCCGCGUACUUCAAUGUCACCAGCCAGUCCACUUGCCAGGGCGACAGUGGUGGUGGCCUGACUGUAGUAGAUGACGACGGUGUGAUCAGCCAAGUGGGAGUCUCCUCAUUCGUCUCUGGAAGCGGUUGCCACACCCCCAUUCCUGCAGGAUUCGUGCGUCCCGGACACUACCACGAGUGGUACUUGGAAGUGACCGGCAUCAAUUUCGAUUGGUCACACACAACGCCUGAGCCAGAAACAGAGCCCGAUUCCGAAUCAUCCGAGUCCGAUUCAGAAUCAGAAUCGGAUUCCUCCGAAUCCGACUCUUCAGAAUCAUCGGAAUCCGAAGAAGAUCCGGAAUCUAAACCCGAGCCCGAAGCAUUUUAAUGUGUAGUUUUUUGAACAGCGUAAUGAAUUAAAAUAUUUUAUUGUGUAA